AUGAAGAACGCUGGCGGGGCGGUCAUUUACGUCGGUAAGGCUGCGGUUCUUCGCAACCGGCUCCGCUCCUAUUUCGGCUCCCCUGCCGGCCUGGAUCGCAAGACCCGGCGCAUGGUCAGUGAGCUGGCUGACUUCGAAUACAUCGUCACCGAUACCGAGGCCGAGGCCCUCAUCCUUGAGAAUACCCUCAUCAAGCGCCACCGGCCUUAUUUCAAUGUCCGCCUCAAGGACGACAAGACUUAUCCGUACCUGAAAGUGGACCUGGCAGAGGACUUCCCCCGGGUGUACAUCACGCGGGGCGUCCACAAGGACGGUGCCCGCUACUUUGGGCCCUUCGCCAGCGCGGGCAGCGUCCGCAAGUCCAUGGACCUGGUCAAAAAGCUGUUCCCCUACCGUUCUUGCACCAAGAAGAUCACCGGAACCGACCCGCGCCCCUGCCUCGAAUACUAUAUCCACCGCUGUGUCGGUCCCUGCGCCGGCCUGGCCAGCCAGGAUGAGUACGCCGAGGUCGUCAAACAGGUGAUCCUGUUCCUGGAAGGCAACACCGAGAUGGUCACCGGCCAGCUCCGUGACAAGAUGGAAGCGGCCGCCGAGGACCUGGAAUUUGAACGCGCCGCCGUGCUGCGCGAUCAGAUGGGCGCCAUCCAGAAGUUCGAGGAGGAGCGCACCGUUAAAGUCGAUUCCGGCCGUCUCACUGACCUUGACGCGAUCGCUGUCUCCAACGCCGCCAACGAGACGUGGGUUGAAGUGUUCUUCAUCCGGCGCGGUAAACUGAUCGGCCGCGAUCAUUUCUUCAUGGAGGGCCCACAGGACGACGAACCCGGCGAGAUCAUUGCUCAGUUCGUCCAGCAGUUCUACGCCACCGCUCUCGAGGAUUUUCUGCGGAGCCGGCGCGGCGGCGCGGUUCGCCUGUAUCGCCCCCAGCGCGGCGAAAACCGCCAGCUGAUGGAGGUGGUGGUCACAAACGCCAUCGAGGGCCUCGCCCAGCAUCGGGUCAAGUGGCUGAACCGCUCCGAUGCCAUCCAGGGCGCGUUGACCGAGCUGGAGGAGGAACUGAGUCUGCCCACGGCCCCGCGGCGCAUGGAGUGCUACGACGUCUCGCACAUCCAGGGCAGCAACCUGGUCGGCAGCAUGGUGGUGUUCGACGACGGCAAGCCCCGCACUCGCGAUUACCGUCGCUUCAAGAUCAAGGCCGUGGAGGGCGUGGACGAUUACGCCAGCAUGAAAGAGAUGCUGACCCGUCGGUUCAAGCGCCUGAGCCAGGCCAUCGCCAACCCGGACCCCGACGGCAAGGUUGAUACGUGGGGAGUCUUGCCGGAUCUGGUCAUCAUUGACGGCGGGAAGGGCCACCUCUCCGCAGCCCAGGAGGUGAUGCUCCACCUGGGUUUGGAGCAGAUCCCCCUGUGCUCCCUGGCCAAGGAAAACGAGGAAAUCUUUGUCCCCCAUACGCCUGAAUCCAUCGUCCUCCCCCGCGAUUCUCAGGCCCUCUACCUCAUGCAGCGCAUACGCGACGAAGCUCACCGAUUUGCCAUCAGCUUCCACCGCAACCUGCGCUCCAAGAGCAGCCUGAAAUCGCCCAUCGACAUGGUUACCGGCAUCGGCCCCAAGCGCAAGCGUAUGUUGCUCCGCCGAUUUGGCUCCCUCCAGGGCAUCAAGGAAGCCACCGUCGAGGACAUCGCGGCGGUUCCCGGCCUGACCCGAUCGCUCGCGGUCCGGCUGAAACAGACCAUCUGA